UGUCUGUCCAUAGAGUCUUUGUCUUUGUCUUGUCAGCCAAUGGCUAAAACUCCAAGUAAUUUGGUAGUGACAUUGCUCGCCUUCACUCUUGUGAUGCUCAUUUGGAAUCUCCAACCUUACUACGAUACCAUCCUUAAUCCCCCUGCAUCCUCCAACAUUACCGACCCUAACAAACGAACCUUCAUUACCUACGGCAAUGCCGCCUCUCUCUUCGUCCAGAUGGGAGCCUAUCGCGGCGGUCCCACUACUUUCGCCGUCGUCGGUCUCGCUUCCAAGCCGCUUCACGUCUUUGGCCGCCCAUGGUAUAAAUGCGAGUGGAUCCCCAAUACUAAUACAAACUCAUCUAAGGCCAAAGCCUAUAAGAUCCUCCCUGACUGGGGUUACGGCCGUGUCUACACUGUGGUGGUUGUGAACUGCACAUUUACUGUGAAUCCUAACCUUGAUAAUAACGGAGGGAAGCUCAUUCUCUACGCUUACUAUAGUGAGUCACCCAAGAGAUACGAGAAAAUCACAGCAUUGGAGGAAGCACCAGGGUCUUACAACCAAUCCAAGUUCAGCCCGCCAUAUACCUACGAGUAUCUGUAUUGCGGUUCCUCCUUGUAUGGAAAUUUGAGUGCAUCUAGGAUGAGGGAGUGGAUGGCCUAUCACGCCUGGUUUUUCGGGCCCAGCUCCCAUUUCGUGUUUCACGACGCCGGCGGGGUGUCAUCCGAGGUAAGGGCCGUGCUGGAGCCGUGGGUACAGGCUGGUAGGGUCACGCUUCAGGAUAUAAGGGACCAAUCCGAGUUCGAUGGCUACUAUUACAACCAGUUUUUGGUGGUGAAUGAUUGCCUCCAUCGCUACAGACACUCUGCCUAUUGGACCUUCUACUUUGAUGUUGACGAGUACAUAUAUCUUCCUGAUGCCAACACUACUCUCGAAUCUGUGUUAAGAGACUUCUCCAACAAUACUCAGUUCACCAUUGAGCAAAAUGCCAUGUCCAGCAUCCUCUGUUUGAACAAUUCCUCUCAAAACUAUUCCAGGCUGUGGGGCUUUGAGAAGUUGUUGUUCAGAGACUCGAGAAGUAACAUUAGGAGAGAUCGCAAGUAUGCCAUACAGGCAAAAAAUGCGUAUGCAACAGGUGUGCACAUGUCGGAAAAUGUAGUAGGAGGGACUUUGCACCAGACAGAAACUAAGAUCCGCUACUAUCAUUAUCACAACUCCAUCACGGUACAUGAGGAGCUGUGUCGUGAGUUUUUACCCAUGUCUGCUAAGCAUAACAUAACCUGGUUCGAUAAGGUACCCUAUGAAUAUGAUGACAGCAUGAAGAAACUCACCCAAACCAUCAAGGAUUUUGAGCGAAAUACUAUCAAUAUUAAUGCAGCUCCCGACCAUACCAAUAACUCAUAGGACCAGUUAUUUCACCCUUACAUAGUACAGCAGUAUUGUACCAUAAUUUUAGUUACCACAGUGAAGAGAAAGGAACUGGUGAACAAGUGUUUCAGUAGUAGUGUUCAUCCCUACUCCUAAUUCUUGCAACUCCUGUAGGGUCACCACACUUUAUUUCUGCUGGCUGGAUUUGGUUAUUAAUAUCAAAUCAUUCAUUUGUAUCCACAUAUUGCAAAGUUAGGUUGAUUUGGGAAAAGAGAGAGAUGAGGAUUUGUCUGUAAAUGGUAAUCGUUAACAUUUUCUUUUGCGACUACAAUUCACUUCUUUCCUUUUCAUAUUCA